GGCACUGCUGCCUCUCCAUCAAGGCCGAUAUGUGAGAUGGGUGUGUUCUGCAUGGCUCCAAAACUCUUAAUAAAUACAUUUCCUCCCCAAUCUUCAAGCUGUUGGGUGUUCCUUGCUUUUGGGAGGUGCUUUAAAUCUGACUGCCAGAGCCGUGGGCUGCUGAGAGCAGAAGCUGCCUGCACGAUGCUGAGCUCGGGUCUUCCUCCCGUUCUCCUGGUGCUCUCAGUGCUGGAGCUGAGCUGGUCCCUGAGUGAUGAAGAAAAGAAGAUCAUCUUGGAUGAGCAUAAUAGAUAUCGCUCCCAGGUCUCUCCUCCUGCCAAGGCUAUGAUGAAGAUGACCUGGGACAAGGAGCUGGAGGUCCUUGCUCAAUCCUAUGCAGAGAAGUGCAUCUGGGAUCACAACAAGGAGAGAGGCCGACGGGGAGAAAACCUCUUUGCUAUGGCCCCAACCCUGGAACUAGAAUUUGCUGUGGAAGACUGGAAUGGGGAGGAGAAAUUCUACAACUUGACAACAUCCACGUGUGUCCCCGGGCAGAUGUGUGGCCACUACACCCAGGUGGUUUGGUCAAACACACAUCAGAUUGGCUGCGGGGCACAUUUUUGUGAGAAGAUCGAUGGAAUUGAAACAGAGAACAUGCACCUACUUGUUUGCAACUAUUAUCCCCCGGGUAACAUGAAAGGCAAAAAGCCCUACACGGAAGGACCCUCGUGUGAAACGUGUCCCACGGGCACAGUCUGUGUGAACAACCUGUGUGAACUCGUUGUAGAAGAGACCACUCCGGCCUCUGUGACAGCAAAGGCAAGGCCAUCCACCCCAGCCACAGCCAAACCAGAGCCCACAGCCACACCAGAGCCCACAGCCAAACCAGAGCCCACAGCCAAACCAGAGCUCACAGCCAAACCAGAACCCACAGCCAAACCAGAGCCCACAGCCACAGCUAAACCAAAGCCCACAGCCACACCAGAGCUCACAGCCACAGGCAAACCAGAGCCCACAGCCAAACCAGAGCCCACAACCAAACCAGAGCUCACAGCCAAACCAGAACCCACAGUACCAGUUCACAGCACAGCUGAACCAGAACCCACACAACCAGUGUCUACCACAGCCAAGCCAAAACCUACAUCUGCACUUCCAACCACAACCACAGCCAGACCAUCACCCCCAAUCACACUCCCAACCACAGCCAAGCCCAAACCCCCAGCACAGGUACCCUUCAGCACAGCCAAGCCAAAACCUGCCAGCACAGUCCCUACAACCCCAGCCAGGCCAAAACCCACAACACCAGCAGCCACCACAGCCAUGGCCAAGCCAAGACCCACCAUGCCAGCAGCCACCAGCACUGCAUCCAAGCCAAAAACCACCACAACUAUGGCCAAGCCAACACCCACCACACCAAAACCCACCCUAACAAGCACUGCCACUAAGCCAGCUACCACCAAGGCAACAUCCACUCCCCUGAAACCCAGCACAACCACCACCAAACCAACAACCUCCACACCAAACCCCACCACAACCACCACCAAACCAACAACCUCCACACCAAACCCCACCACAACUACCCCUACAGCCAAGCCAAAAUCCACCCCAACUGUAGCUAAGCCAAAACUUGCUACAGCCACGGCCAAACCAACCCCCACCACACCAACAUCUACCACCACUACAGCCAAGCCAACACCUGCUGCUACAACACCAGCACCUGCCACAACAGCAAGGACACAACUGAAAACAGCCACAACCACAAAGCCAGAGCCAGAAAGAUCUGAUCCUACUGAGGCAACCGGGAUCACUCUUUCCUUUGAGCCCACCAUAGACCCAGAUUAUGAAGUGUCUCCAGAGGCAGACACUGGAGAGCCUUUUAGCUCCUUCACUACAGAGGAUCCAGCCUUAUUAGAAAGCAUGGGCACAGCCUUCAGCCCCAGAUCAGCCCCAGAAACAAAGAAAGAGGUCAAAGAGGAUGGGAAAGAGAAAUCAGCCUCUUCCAGUCCAUCUCCAUCCCUCAGCCAAGCUGUGCCAGAGAUGAAGUUAGCUUUCAAUAGAGCUGAGCUCAUAACCCCCUCCAAGUCAGUGGUCCUCAGCCCUGAAGAGCCCACAUUCUUGCGCUUAACAUCAUCCUCCAAAGACAAAAAAGGGCCGAGCCCCCAUUUCCAGACCUCCCUCUCAGCAGGUGCCCUGGACACAGAAGAACUGGAGCCAAACUCGGACCAGACAAGUGUGGAUCCACCCAAAGGUGGAGCCCCCAGUACCUGCCUGGGGCUUUCCCUCUUCCUCCUCCCCAGUGCCAUCCUGGUGGGCCUUCUGCUCUGAAGGGUCUUCCUCAGCUGUCCCUGCACCCCUCACCAAGGCUUUUGUCAGCGCUGGUUAUUCCACAGCCCUGGUAGGCUCAGGAGACUCCUUGGACAAUUCACACGCUCCCUCCUUACGCCGCCUUCUCUGCUGCAGCCCCGGCGAGCCAAGGGCAGCUGGCAGUCCCAGGGGAACUUUGUCCCCUUCCUGAGGAGACCAGAGGGCAGGAGGGUGUUUGCCAUAAUGCUGGUGACCUCGGACGCUUCUCCUUUUUCCUGGCUUCUGUUCCAUUUCCAGGCUGGAAGUGUUGAGCUCUCCCACGCACCCACAAACCCAUCUGGCUGGCAGGCCCUGCCACAGCGUGACCCUGGGGACAGAGGGUGACUUGGGGACAAUGAGGCAUGGUGGUUGGCUUUGGUGUUUGUAGAUGAGACAUGCUGGUUGGCUUUGGUGUUUGUCAGGAUGCGUUUCCAGCAGAAAUGCUCUUUUCCUUCCCAAUGUGUCUCAGUUUUGGACAUAUGUUAUCUCUUUCCUUUUUUGUCUAAAUAGAGUGGCUUUUUUGAGGAUUUCUGUUUUCCCCUGGUUGUGGUGUAGCUCUGGCCAGUACUACCCAGCUGAUCCCCCCUCUCCUCCUCACACUCUGCAGCCCUUGCCUCCUCCAAUGCCACAGAUUUAUUUUACGCGUGUGCCUGUGCCUGCACCUGUGUGCACGCACAGAAGAGAAACCUUCAGAGCUGAGAGAGGCCACCAGCUCCUUCAUGUAGCUUUUACCUGCAUGGCUUCAUUCUUUGCAUAAUUUCUGUGUAUUUGAAUUAGGAUACAGAUUCCUCUUGACACGUAACUUGUGUGUGUGCGGUCAAGGAGAACAAGUCCCCACAUGUGUUGGUACAAUUGGAGCUCCAGACAUACAAGUGACAUUGUUAGAAGUUAUUGGUGGCUCCUGGGCUUGUUGCAGGAGCACUGGCAUUGUCUGGGCCACUGUGUUUUGUUACCCCACAUCUCUCCUCCCUUCACCUGAGGAUUCCCAGUCUGGUGUGUUAAAUAUGUGACAAGCUUUGCAGACAGGUGGAAGGAAGACAACAGCCCCUUCUCUGGUCAUUGCAACUUUUCAUUUCUUACAGAUGAGGUGGAGGAUGACCUGCAGGCCAUUAUUCAGAUCCUCCACUGCUGCUCUGUCCUGUGCAUCCCCAGAGCAUGCACUGAAUAAAUCCUGUUGUGAAAAUCUGUUCACUGUCUCUCUGGGAAAUCUGGACACCUGGGAGCAACUUAUUAUACCUGUAAAAUGCCCUUAAUUAUGUACUUACCUGGAACUGAUAAAAGACAACAUGA